AAUUCCUAAUCCAUUGCCCUAGAAUCAGGGAAAAGUAUGUCCUUUUUUUUUUCUAUUCCAUGGCUUUGAGUGACAGUAUUUUGUGUAUUCUUACUCUGAAAGACCAUCUGCAGAUCCAAAGAGAAAUUGACAAUCAGGACAUACAGUCAACACUAUACAUUGAAAUGGAUUUAGAGGCUGAGAAGGUAGAUGCUGCAAUACAGGCAAGCUGUCUUCUUGUUCAAGGUCUUAGAUAUAAUGGAGACAUAACUAAAACUGUUGAGGACACAGCUAGCUCAAAUAUGCAGAAGCAAUUGAAAGCCUUAACAACAAAAAUGGAUUCAGAUUACAGUAAAGAGUUGACAGCUUUGGGCACUGAUAUACAAGCAAAAAACAAGGUAAGAUUUGAUGACCUGCUAUGGAAACAUGAGGAAGAAAGAAGGAAGAAAAGGGAAAUGCUGAAAGAUUUGUCAACUUUGGAAAAGAAACAAACAUUAGAUGCAAUUGACCAACAGCUGCAAACAGAAAUGAGUGAACUAACAUAUAAAAUUACCCUGCAGCAGAAUGAGGAAAUUGAAAAGCUCAGAAAGGAGUUUGCUGUUGGCAAACAAGUGGGAGUUUCAGACAUUCUGCAGCAUUUUAUUGAGGAUAUAGUUCAGAUGGGAACCCUGAAUUUUGAGAAAGCAGAGUGGCUUAGGAAAGAACACAAGCGGCAACAGGAAGCAAUACACCUCUUAUAUGAUGAUGAAAUUUCUAGACAGAGAAUGAAUCUGGAAGACAAAGUCAUAAAAAGAAAAGCUCUUGCCUUAGCUAGUGAAAUUCAAGCAGAUUGUCACACAGAGAGCCUUAACUUGAUGAUCUCAUUACAGACCAUGCUGAUUACCAACAUGAGAAAACAGCUGAGUCCUGAAAAAGUUGAAGUGUACUUGAAUGAAGCUAAACGUGAGUUCCAAGCAAUCAAAGAUCAGAUGGAUAAGGAGAAGGAGUUAAAACAGAAGGACUUGAUCAAAAAACAUGAUAUUAGUUCACAGAGUAAAACUAAACAAGCGGAGGGUCCAGUUGAUCCAGUCUUGUAUGUGGAUGGUUUGGUGAAGCUGAAAUCCCAGCAUCGGCAAGAGCUUUUUGAGAUAGAUAAUAAAAUUGAUGAGCUUCAGGCAAAGGAACUUGAGGUGGUUAGAAACCAGGUCGCAGAGAAUGCAAAACAAAAACUAAUGGCUGUUGAGAAAACUCUUGUGAACAAACUACAAUCUGAAGGUAUGCAGAGAGAUGUCAUUGACAAACUUAUGCAGACUCAUAAGAAAGAGGUUGAAAAGGUGGCAUCCAGACAGUUGACAGACAAACAGCAGCAGGAGAUGAAGCUCAAG